AUGAACUUGGUGCGCAAAAUCCGCCAGCUCAGCUCGGACCGCCGCUCUCGCCGCAGUGCGGCAAGCGCCACGAGCCGCGGGGGGAGCGAGGAUGUCUGCACCAGUGGCGGCGGCGGCCCAGGAAGCUGCGCCUCAUGGGCCGACAUAUCGUGCGUCGCAAGCAACAUGGCCGCGUCGCCAUCGCGCGACGCGCCGCCCGCGGAUAGCCGCAAUGUCUCGGCUGAGCCGCUAGCCGGCGGCGGCAGUAGCUCGGCUCGCGAGUCUCGACGGUCGUUCGAGCUCCCUCCGAUCCGGGCGUCGCCCGGCCGCAAUGGCGCCAUCACGCCGCCUCCUCCGACGGCGGGCCGCAUUUGCCUGAGCACAAGCUACGACUCGUCGCACCGGCCCCCGCUUCCCGUCCCUCCCGCGUCGAACGCCGCGCAUCAGUUUCACUCCGCUGCGGACGGCACGGCUCCAGUCAGCCGGCUGGGAAGACGGAACGCCGCGCCGAGCGGUGGGGAGGAGCUGUUGCGCAAUGCUGCGGGAGAGGCGGGCGAAGCGGCUGCGGAGAGCGGUUUGGCGCAGAGGGGGAGGGGGAAAGGUUGCGCGGAGGGGAUGCUGGCGCAGGGGAAGGCGGACCGGCGGAGCGAAGGUGCGGCGGGAGAUUCAUGCGACGACGGGGAGCUGUCGUCGUGCGAGGAAAUCGCGAGCGACGAAGGGGGUCUGACGCCUCCGCCGCACUAUGCGGGCCAGCAGGAGCAAGUGCGGACGUUCCGACAGUAUGCGGGCAGCAGCGGCAGCGCCGGCGGCGGCAGCGGCGCGAAUAACGCGGCAACGGGGACGAGCGGCGCGCACGUCACGGCUCAAGCGGGGCAGAAUAUUCCGCGGGGAGACGGCGCGGGCAGCGGGAGCCCGAUGAAUUCUCUAGCGGCGUGGCGGUGGCACCAUAGCAAUAAGGUGGCGGAGUGGCUGCUCGCGCUCCCGAAUGACGUCGCGCCGCCCUGCGACUCGAACUUCUCCUCGCUGCUCGACCCCUCUGACGCGGACGGCGCUGCGAAUGGCGAUUCUGCCGACGCGCCGCCGAAAGCACGCGGAGUUGCUGGGAAAGCAGUUGACGGUGCGGGAGAGGUGCUGAGGGAGGGGGCGCAGGGGGCCGCGGGAGUAGGUGCGGAAGUAACUAUCGCUUCCGCGGCCUUGGGCGCAGCUGCGGAAGCGUGCGCGGAGAGGCAGGGGGGCCUUUCACCAGUGAAGGUGGUCGCGGGGGGAGCAUCGGGGGGAGCGUCCGGGGGAGUUCAGUCGUGUACUGCUUCAGGCACGCCGAGCCCCAGCCAGCCCAGCCCGCGCGCCGUGGCUGGCGGAGGGGGGGGCGCGGACGACAAGGCAGGGGAGGCGAAGGACGGACAGGAGGAGGAACCGGCGGAUGUGGCGGACGAAUCGACGGAGGAGAUAGGAAUGGAGGGAACGGAGAGCGCGCUUGCGGGAGAGAAGCAGCAGCAGCAGCAGAUACCCCUGCCGAAGCGCCAGCCCUGCCGACCAGAUGACGUGGAAGGCUUGGUUGCUGAACUGGCACUGGUUUGCGGUGAUGACGGCGGCGGGUCAGGCGAGAGCAGAGCAGAGGCGGUGGAACGGCAGGUGGACGCGGCGCGCGCGCUGAGGCAGCUGGCGCGGCGAGGGGAGGAGACGCGCGAAGCCAUCGUGGCUGCGGGCGCCGUUCCCGCGCUCGUGCUCAUUCUGCAGCGCGCCGCCGACGCCGCUGCUGCUGCUGCUGGCGCUGCCGCCGCAACCGCAGGCGUUUCCGGCAGCAACGGCUUUAAGAACGCUCCUGGCAGUGGUGCUGCGAGCGCGGGUGCUGCUGUGCUGGCAAGCCCGCUAGUGGACUAUUCGAUAUCAGCACUGGUGAACCUGAGUGUGUGCCGGGGCAUCAAGGCCAUCAUCCACGAUGCAGGCGCCGUGCAACCCCUCAUCGUGCUGCUGCGCGGCUCUGCUAUCCCCACCAUCCCCGCCAUCCCCGGCGCCUCGCCCUUGAUCGGAGACUCGAAUCCGCGCUCCGAUGCGCACAGCCGCAGCUACACCCACGGGCACUCUCACACGCAAAACCACUCCUCUCGCCACUCCCACUCGCACUCCCACUCUCACUCCCACUCGCACUCGCACAUGUCAGCACACAGCCACAGCCAGCACGCGUCACCAGGCCCCACCCUCUCCUCGCCCACCAUGCUUCCUCCGGCCGCCACGUCCCCUUCCACGCGCGCCAAUGCAGCAGUGGCUCUCUACUCUCUCUCAAAGCUGGACGACGCCAUGCGCACGCACAUCGGCGACCUGGGCGGGGUUGACGCACUCGUGGGGUUCCUGGCGGACAGCAGUGUGACCAAGGGGCGCAAGGACGCUGCUACUGCCCUGCACAGCCUCUCCACCGUCGCACCCAACCGCCCCAGGCUCGUCCGCGCGGGCGCCGUGCACAUGCUGCUCGAUUGGGUUGCCGCCUGCAAGAAAUCUCCUGCUGCUGCCGCCGACGCCGCCGCUGGUGGUUGUAUGGUCGGUGGGGGUAGUCUGGGCGGCAGUCAGAGGGGCGGCAGUGAAGAGGACGAAGUGGCGCUGGUGGAGCGGGCGCUGGCUGUACUGGCGCAGGUGGCGGCGUGUGAGGAGGGACGCGCCGAGAUGGCAGGGCGCGGCGGGAUCGAGACGCUGCUGAUGCUGGUGCAGGGCGGAGGGGGGCCGUCGGUGGCGUGUGCGGAGUAUGCAGUAGCGGCGCUGCUGGUGCUGGCCAAUAGCAGCUCCACUCUGCGCCGCAAGCUGCAUAGCCUCAACCUGGGCCCCGCUCUCUCCCAGAUGGCUGUGAAUUUCAGCCCCAAGGCAAAAGGAAAGGUCAAGAAGCUCCUUGACAUACUGCAUGUUCACUGA